ACUGUACAGUCUAUUAUGUUUUUUACCUUGACUAAUAGAAAUGUGUGUUUGUUAGGUGUGGCUCUGGCAGUAAUUCUGAGUGGUGUUAGACACAUCAGUGAUACGGUGUUCCUCGAGGCUGCAAAGAUCUUAGCAGAGCAGUUGACGGAUGAGGAACUGAAUCAGAAUCAGGGUCGUCUCUACCCUCCUCUUUCCAACAUUAGGGAGGUUUCUUUACAGAUGGCUGUGAGGAUAAGAUUUGUGUUUAUACAUACACACAAUGUGGUGGAGUUUCUGUACAGUAAAGGAAUGGCAUUUCGGUACCCAGAGCCACUGGAUAAGGAGGCGUAUGUGAGAUCCAUUGUGUGGAACACGGAGUACGAUUCCUUCCUCCCAGACAUCUACGAACGGGCUGGAGUGUCCCAUAGUCCUAUAGUGGAGUAAUCAUACACCCUAUAGCAUACACCUGAAACAGUCACACCCUUCAUUUACAGCUGUGUAAUGUUUAACUAUCACACAUCCCCAUGGGGAGUGAUUCCUAAACUCCUUCUGCUAAUGUAAAUGUACAGUGUUGCUAUUAUUAAAACACUCCACGUGUGUGUGUGUGUGUGUGUGUGUGUGUGUGUGUGUGUGUGUGUGUGUGUGUGUGUGUGUGUAUCAGCUAAUACAUUUAGUGCUUUGUGUUUCUAUGUGUGUUGGUGUGUAUUUGGGUUUAUUUCACUGCAGGCUUACAGUAUUCAUUAUAAUAAAAUGUGGGGGUGGGCGGGUGUAGUUGGGGCAGUGAGAAAAUGUCGAAAAAAGUGUAACUUUAGUUUCACCCUAAGCUGGAUUUUAACAUAGGGCCUAGAACCUGAGAGAACUACAUGUGCUGCACUCAGCCCACUGUGCUACUCAAACAACGACGUGUUAGAUCUGUUGUAACGCUGAUAUAACCUGUGCACACAAUAAGCCUAAAAGUGAAAACUACUUAAAAUAAAAAGAAAAUGCUUUGUAAUUCCCACAGUAACGUCAGAAGCCAUUCACUCUGUUACAGGUUGAAAAAUAGUGAAGAAAUAGCCUUUGCUUGAUUUGAAUGAAGUUGACCCAACAAAGCAUGUGUUUGUACCAUU